AGGUAAAGUAGGCGGGUUUUCCGGUGAUUAAAUCCGGUAACAGCCAAUGAACUAAAAGGAAGAUGGCCAUUGGCUGCAACCAUAGAAACUAAACGGAAGUUUAUAGCUGUAAACUUCGCUAACAAACGACCUCACCAAGAUUUAUGAGUACGUUUUUAACUCUAUAUAUAUUACCCAACCGCUUUUAAAAUACCCCUGUAAAUCAACAUAUUGGAGUAUAACACGAACUGACGACUGACUUGCCCAAGCUAACGUGCAUUCAUGGUUUAUCGCUGAGUUAGCUUGACAGCUAACAUCGCUAAAGCCUUAUCACUACGAUGUUCAAAGCUAAAAUACUACUAAUCGGUCCAAAUGAGUUGUUUAGUCGUAAUACAUACCUAUUUCAGAGUGGGAAAACCGUCCUAGCAAAUUUUCUCUCGGACGCAACAGAAAAUGUGGGAGGUGAAUACAGACCAACUCAAGCAGUCAGGAUACUAGAAUAUGAAUCACAACUGGAUGGCUGUGGUGACGUGAAAUCAUGUGAGGUUGAGCUCUGGGACUGCUCCGGCGACUUCAAGUUUGAGUCAUGCUGGCCUGCCCUCAUGAAGGACUGCAGCGGUGUUGUCAUUGUUUUUAAUCCCGACAUUCCCAGUCAAUUGAAAGAAAUCGAGACCUGGCAUUCGAUGUUCAUUGCCUCACAAAGCUUGCAGGACAGCCAGUGUCUACUCAUUGCGCAUCAUAAACCUGGCAGCGCAAUGGAGGAAGGCCGACUUUCUUUAGCUUCGCAGCUAAACAGAUUUACACUUAUCCAUUCUGAAAUGGAGGAAGAGCCUGAGGACCUGAGGAGAGCUUUCUGCAGAUACUUGGGAAAAGUUGUAAAUACACUUUCGGAAAGCCGGGAGCAAGAGGAGAUGUCCAUCAUCACGUAGCGGCAAGACCUUUAAAAUAUGUGCAGGUAGUGCUGUACGAUAUGACGAUCUAACCAAAAUGGAGAGACAGCGAGAACCAAAAGUGGUAUUUGCCAUGUGGCAAAAUGGAUUUUGCCAUGUAGCAUUUUUGGAUUUUCUGGUCAGUAAGUCUAGCGGUUGUUAAACACCCGGACAACUGAAUUUUUGUUUUUUGUUUUUUCACAUACACUUCAUGCCUUAUUGGUAGGUUUAAUUGAAAAUAAUGUACUGCUUUUCCGACUGAGUGUGUGGUAUCAUCACAAAGUUGGCGUUGUCGUUGUAGACCAGGGGUGUCCAAACCCGUCCUCAAGGGGCGCUGUAGGUGCUGGUUUUUGUUCCUACCAAUCGAGCACAGACAGUUUAACCAAUUACGUCCUUCUAAAACAAGCAGCACCUGAGUGCAAGCAACUGAUUACGCUUGUAAGACACCAGAUUGGGGAAAAGGUGUCGUCUUGUUUUGUUGGAAUGAAACCCAGCACCCACUGCAGCCCUAUGUGGAAUAGUUUGGACACCCCUUUUGUAGACGCUUCCAUAUGUGCUCGUCUUUGUGUUCUUUCAAAAUUGUUGGAAACCUUUUAUUAAUUUUUGGACUAAAACUCAAUUUUUAUUCUGCCUUUUGGUAAAUUUUGCAGAUGGGUUUUUUGUGCUGUCCAACAGCGGACUCUUGUGGUCGCUUUGCGACAUGGUUUUUGUUGUUUUCUUGCCAAUUCAAUAUGGCUGCGCGACGUCUCAGGCUGAAGCCUAUGUUGUAAUGUUGUGCUUAUAUGAUCCUUGGACAAGAUUUGUCCGUAAGUAUGGAUGUUGUAACAAAUGUACAUAUUAUGUUAAACUGGAAAUGUUAUACUUUUUGUAUGAGACGCUUUUUGUUUAUGUUUAGUGAACUUGUCUAGCAUGCUAAGCUAACGUUGUUGCUAAUGCAGUUGCUUGUGUAGUUUUUUUGUAGUUUUACGACGGUCUAAAGAGGACAAUGGUUUGAGGCCAUUCUAUUAAUAAAUCAGAUAAAAAAAGGUAGAAGUCUGAUUAUUCAGGCGUCGUUCACUUGCUGUCUAGCUUUGGAAAAAGUAGACGCUUCGGAGUGAGGACAGCAUAAUUUUAAUUUUCCAGACGACAACAUUUUGAGACCGUCAACUAAAACGAGAAAAUAUUUGUAUGAGAUUUUGCCGACUAAAACUAAACGAAGACAAAAACAUUGUGGAACGACUAAAAUAUGAGUAAGACUAUAAGUAUUAUUGUCCAAAAGACUAAGACAAAAAUUAAAAGGGCUGCCAAAAACAACACUGAUACACACAUACACAUGACACACUCCCGCUUACAUAAAAUGAGCCAGCAAUCUGCCUCGCAGGCAUCAUUUAGUUUAGUGUAAGAAACAAGGUCGAGUUUUAACCUCGUUUAUAAAUUUCUGCAUUUCAAACACUUAUUUAUUCAGUUUCAGUAAUUAUGUUAUUCCUCCAGUCUGGUCUUUCUCUUUCAGUGACCCAUUAGCUCUAAGCAUAUAUAUUCUUAACACAAGAAAUAAUUCUAGAGAGGUUUGAAGGGAAUAGGUACCUUUCUCGCAGACACCAUAUAACUGUCUCCAUUAGUCUAACACAUUCAUUAUAGUAAAGCAGUUAGGGAGAUGUUACUACAUGCCAUUUGACACAGUAAAGUUGAUUGGCUAAUCAGCCCUCGCCUGAUAAGCAAAGAAAAAAACGUCAUCAGUUCUCCGGUGAGGUCAGGACGCUCCUGUCCUGCCGGGACAACAUGUUCAUAGCGCCGCGCCCUCGACGUCAAGACAUGCGUCGGUUGCCGUGGCAACCACGUCCCAGCCACAAAGGAUGACGCACGAACCUGACCGAUCAAACCUGCCACAGAGCAAGGAUCCCAAGACAACACCCAGGCACGCCUUCCGCCCAGCCCACUCCAUCGCAGCUUUCAAAAGACUGAACUUUUAGUGAACAAGGGUCGCUUCUCGGGGACAUUCCGAUGUAUCCGUUGUUUUGCGGACCUUGGAUCUAACAUUGCCUCUCAGUCGUCUGUUUUGCCUUGUUCUUUGACCAUUGUCGACGAAUUAAUUGUCAACAUGUUUUCGGUGAGCCUUCUUUAAACCGUUCAAAAUGGAGUCAGUACAAAGGGUUAACACCGGAGCGAACGCACGGGAUUUGGCCUCGCCGGCCUUGUAUGAGUACUGUAAAUUGUCAUAUACGCACUGUUGUGCUCGGUUAUAUUACCACUACAUCACUACUAUCUGGAAGUCACUUAUUUACUUUAUUCCCAAUCUGUGCACACUGCAACCAGGGUCGGCCAUGGGUAACUAGAUGCCCCAGUCGAAGAUUUAGUUACCCCCCCCCCCCAACCCCCCA